AUGGCGACGCAUGAUUCUCCCAUCGUGCUCGUGACGGGCGUCAACGGCCACAUUGGCUCGACCGCAACCGCCGCCUUCAUCGCCGCCGGCUACCGCGUCAGGGGCACCGUCCGGUCUCUCGAGAAGCAUCAGGCCACUCUCUCCGAAGCUUUCCAAUCUCAUAUCGACGCUGGCCUGCUGCAAGUCAUUGGCAUUCCCGACUUCAACGCCGAUGGUGCCUUUGAUGACGCGGUAAAGGGCGUCCAUGCCAUCGCCCACACGUCUCCCCCGGGCCUUCGCUUCGACGAAUACGUCGGCGGACCCAAAGCCAUCAUCGAGCGCGCCAGAAGGAGCACCCAAAACCUCCUCUCAUCUGCCGAGGCCCACGCGGGCGCCACCCUCAAAUCGGUGGUUCUCGUCUCGUCCCUCGCCGCCAUGAUGCGCCUUCAAGACGAGCCGGGCUACCGCUACACCGGCGACGAGUUCAACACCGAAUACAUUGACCUCUCGCUGCAGGCUGGCGACGAGGCCGGCCUCGGCCUGCUGUACGGGGCGGUCAAGGUCGCCGAGGAGCAGGCGUUCUGGGACCAUCUCAGCGAUCCCCAGCGCAAGUCGACCUUUACAGGAGCGGUGGUCAGCCCCUCCUUUGUGGCCGGUCCGAUCCUCGUGAGGCCUGGGGAGCCGGACAGCAUGACACCCAGCAUGAAGACGGUGUGGUAUAUCUACGCGGGCGCCGUGUGGCCUGACGAGUUCCCCAUGCCGACCUGGGUCGACGUGCGGGACGUCGCGAAAGCGAUUGUCUUUGGCGUGCAGGAGCCAGAGAAGGCCAAGGGACGGAGGUUCCUGCUGGCCGCCUACCGGGUCGGGCGUCAGGCUUUUGCGGACGUUCUGCGAGAGAAAAUCCCCGAGCGGAAGGAUGUCAUCCGGGAGGGAACGCCGGGAAAGGGUUACCCUGCCGACUAUGUGACAUGGGGAGCCGAGGAGGUGGGCAUGGAUGGCAGCCGAUUGACUGAGCUCAGUGGGCAGGGAUAUCUUCCGUUUGAGGAGUGUGCGGUGGGCACUGCGAAGUCUUUCGAUCCGUACCUUGCGGAGGGCAAGGAGAAGCGGUACACGGAGGAAGUGCCGGUCCUUUUCCAGUGA